CCCUCUAGGUGGGUAAAUGACCCCUCCAUCGUGACUACGCACUUCCUCACUGAAAGCCAGUAAGGUUCGCCUCGUCAACUGCAGCAGAUACUCUUCUCUUACGCCUAUCGUUGAACCACAAUAUUUGUAAUUGGUUUCAGAUGCCUUUCAUCAAUUUGGAAUCCUCCGAGGGGGAAAGGGUCAAGGUUGACGUGGACGUGAUACAAUGCUCCCAGACGAUCAAAAGUCUCAUCGAAAACUUGGGACUGGAGGAUAGCGACGAUGACCGCGAAGUCGUCCCGCUGCCAAACGUUAACACCGAAGUACUGCGUAAGGUCAUUGCAUGGGCGGAGCAUCACAAGGAUGACCCCCCACCCAUCGAGGAUGAUGAGGAUCCACCACGUGAACGGUGCACCGACGACAUCACCACGUGGGAUGCUAACUUCAUCAAGAUGGAACAAACCCAGUUGUUUGACCUGAUCGUGGCUGCUAACUACCUCGACAUCAGCGGCUUGUUGGACCUCGGGUGCAAAAUUGUGGCGAACAUGAUCGAAGGCAAGACGGCAGAUGAGAUUCGGGCAAUGUUCAACAUCGAGAAUGACCUGUCACCCGAGGAGUUGGAACAAAUUCGCAUGGAGAACCAAUGGUGUGAGGAAAAGUAGGAGGAAAAUUUCUAAUAUGCUGUUUUCUUGGAAGUUUUAAAUAAAAAAAAGUUUCAUUUAAGUGCAA